AUGGUCCCAGAAGAUAUCGGCGACGCAGCCCAGGACGCCGAAAACGAUGCCGAAGCGGCUCGCGUGAAAGCUUGGCUCGAUAGCGGAGGUGACGUAAAUGACGUCGAUAAGGACCGCUACACGCUGAUUCAUUGUUGUGCGAUUGGGACCCGCGACAGGGCUUCUGAGGUCACCGACGCACACGUCUCUCUGGCGCGAACGCUGAUAGCGCUCGGCGCCGACGUCAACACCACUGACACUUUUGGGGACACCCCGUUACACAACGCUCUGGCAAACGCGUGGCGAGGUAGGGCUUGGCAAGAUAUGCUCAAGCUCUUGUUACAAGCAAAAGCGAACCCAAACGCCAGAAAUAAUGAAGACGAAACGCCGCUCCAACACGCGAUCGCGAUAGAUCAAAAGUAUGAACUAUCAAACCCCCCAUUGGAUCUCCGGGCCAGCAGGUCGCUUAUAGCUCUUCGCUUGCUACUACGUGCUGGCGCCUGGUUGGAUCAUAAGGAGCGGGAUGAGGCUGCUUCCGAUGGAUGGAAGACUCUCAUCACAGCCGAAGACAUUAUGACAACUCUCUAUGGAUACAAUAACGAGGACGAAAAGGUCGUCGCGCUCAAUGCCCUCGUCGACGGCGUGCGAAAGCACGGCACGUACAAGAGGUACAUGCGCGCGCCGCACCGAGAAUUUCUGGCCGUCCGCGGCCUCGCCCAGCGCGGCAAAUUAUCGAUUGAGGAUUUUAGGGUCUACGGCACUUCCGGGACGACGCGGAUACGGUCCGCCCUGAAUUUCAUCGCGCGGCUCGGCGACAACGGCGUCUGCUGGCACAUCCUCACUUACUGGCGCGCGACGGACUAGGCAGUGAAUGAAAUAAUUAUGGGUUGUGUAACUGUACUUAGCGGCGGUGGCGCGCCUUGUGCGCAAGCGACCGCCCCGGCGGCCCCGCAUGUUGGGAUUUUCUGCGGGCGUCGCCAUGAUUCACCGUGAAAUGACCGAAUCCCAGAAAGGGCUCCACGAAGGCUUCUGCUGGUACCACGGUUCAUUGGUACGAGCCCAGUAGCUCUUGAUAAUGGGGAUCAAGACCGCGGGCAGAGUGAGGGGGCCCGUGCCCCUGCCGAGCAGGUCGAUGAGCACGAACUGGUCCAUGCGUAUCUGGACAUACCUCGUGUAUCCCGAGGUGUUGCCAUAUCUCAAAUACUCCGAGAACGUCGGAGGGAUAGCCCAAUCGCGUGGCGCGGAACCAAAGCCAUGUUCGGCCGACGAGUAAAAAACACCCAUGGAUGCAAAAGCUAACCCAAAUGCGAGAACUCGAAGCGGCGAAACCUCGCUCAAAAUAGCGAUAGCGGAAAUUUACGACAGAGACACGUCGCUUGCAGUAAUUCGCAUGCUACUGCGUGCCGGCGCCUCAUUGGAUUGCGACAAGCGCGGUGGCAAGUUCAUUACCGCCGAAGACAUUAUGAGCGGUUGCUACGACGACGAGGAGGAGGAGAACGACGAAGCCGUCGUCGCGAUCAAGGCCCUCAUCGCCGGUGUCCGCAAAUACGGCACGUACAAGCGGUACAUGCGCGCGCCGCACCGGGAAUUUCUGGCUGUCCGCGGCCUCGCCCAGCGCGGCAAAUUAGCGGUUCAGCUCGCGAUAACGGCUCGCGCGGCUAGGGAGAAUCCCGCACUGAACUUCAUCGCGCGGCUCGGCGACAACGGCGUGUGCUGGCACAUCCUCACUUACUGGCGCGGGACCGACUAG